UUCUUUUGAUUAAAGGUCAACGAUGGUUUUCUGUACCGUUUAUCAGUUUGAUUAUUAUUUCCUCCUUUGUUAUUGGCAUGCCAGCAGUUGCAGACCAUUCACCAUUUCAAAUCAAACCCGAGUUUAUCAAAACAUGCCGCUUCGAUCAAAAGGAUUUUCUCAACUGUUCCACGGAAUCUGUUCAGGGAUUAUUCGAUAAACUUGUUACAGGCAUCGAAGGACUGGAACAUGUUGGUACGAUAGAUCCCAUGAAAAUUAACAAAAUAAGGAUUUUGCAAGGUGAUGGUCCAGUAAGUGUUAACGCAUCUCUUUCCAAAGUGGUCGUUACUGGUUUUGCAAGCACCAAAGUGAUCCGCAAUGUCGUUAGCAAGAAGGAUUUCGGGUGGGAGACACACAUUCGUUUGCCAAAAAUGCGGCUGGAAGGAAAUUACCACAUGCAGGGUCGAAUUUUGGUAAUACCACUGAACGGCCACGGAAAAUGCUGGUUUGAGCCAAGUGGCAUGGACAUAGUUAUGCGGACUUCCACUGACCUCUACAACAAGGAUGGGCACGUGUUUUACAAUGUGACGGCCACCAGGGUAGACUAUACAAUUUCAGGCUUGAGAUUGCACAUGGGAAACUUGUUUGAGGGCGUAAAAGUGCUUGAGGACAGCACUAAUCAGUACCUAAACGACAACUGGCGACCGGUUUCCGAGGCGCUUAAGCCUAUCAUUGCUAAAACUAUCGAAGAUAUACUGCUCGUCAUCAUGCAAAACAUUUUUCAUCAGAUUCCAGCCGAUUAUUUUGUCCAGGAUUUACCAGCAACUGGUUUAUCAUAAUUUGCCUCGGGCCAACGGGAAAAAGCUCAAAGUACAUCAUAUACAAAAAAAUUACUAAUACUAAAAAUAGUAUAUGAAAUUAAAAAAAAAAUAUACACACAAAUUGCUACAGAUAUAAAUAGAAUGCAUGUAGCAUACAAGUGGCUUGUGAUACCAAUUGUUUACUUUUACCGUCGAUUAUACUUCAUUUUUACCUAAAAAUUACUACAUAAGUCAAAUAGUGGAAGCUGCAUGGUAGUUGUUUAAAGAAAGAAAUGAAGCAACAAAUUCAAUGAAUAAAAAUGUAAUAAACAAAGA